CUCAGUAUUGUUCACGCGGUCGAAUCUCGCGCAGCUUAUUUUUUACGUUUAAGUGGUAGUGUUUAGUGAAGUGUUCGUGUUUAUACUUAGUAUUAGUGUCCUACUAUGAAAUAAUACACGAUGACCGACCGAGAAAAUGACAUAGAACCUUAUGAAGCUGUAGCAAAAGGACUAAACUCGCCUGAAAUACGAUCCAAUAGUAACAUACCAUUUGCCGACGAAGCUGUUGAAUUAGAAAAUGUCAACGAUCCAAUACGACCUAAACGCUUCAAAGACGUGGAGAAAGGGGAACCAGAAAAUCCGAAAAUUCACGCAUCCGACUUAGGAAGUGUUCACACACCAAACAGUGAUACAAUAGUAGUUGACACUCCUGAAGGGACUCUGUACAUAACUCUCGAUCCUGAUUCUUCCAAGUCAUCUAAGCCUACAAGUCCCAGUACACAGUCAACUGAUCUGUCGACGCCUAGUACGUCUAAAGCGUUUGGAGCUGAAGAGUCAGAUGCUUUGAUAACAUCUGAGUCAGAGGUAGAACAGAGAAAGACGAAUUUGAGACGGAAUUCAAUAUCGAUGCCGAAUAUAGAGCUACUGCGCCAAGAUUAUUUGAACAAUACACAAGGAAAUAUCCCCGAGCACCAUCAGAGUACAGCCUCCGGCUUCAGCGAUGGCGACAACACGCAGGAUGAAAAUAACGCUCACUCGGACGAAGAACGAGCCAAAACCCCUCUCAGGUCCCCGCGUCGUAAGCUACCACGACGGUCGCGGUCUGAAUUUAGUAUGGAUGACGAGGACUACUCUCCAAGCAACUCUGUUACCUCAGUGAAUUCACUCGCCAGCUUACUAAAGGAGAAACUACAGAGUAUUCCCCAAAAGAUGCGAAAGAAGCCCACCGACUACAAGUUGCGCGCCUUCGUUCUCCUAAUGUUUCUAGCAGUCGCAUUUUUCAUCGGUUUCGCUUAUACGCUGUAUCGACAGAAGGCGCUAACCAAGGCAUACUUUGAGAGCGUACAGUUCAACGAGGGGAAACGUUUAAUCAGAAUAUUCAAUAGAGAUGACAUCGAGAUCUUGAGAGCAAGCUUAGCUAUAGGAGUGCAGAACAAGAAGAAGUCAUUCCCCUGUCUGCCAGAGCACCGACGACCGGACGGAUCUAUUUGUUUAGAGUGGCAAGAAGACCUCCGCUUCUAUCUUAAGUGUCUUCCACACGAUCCCGGAGUCGAUAACACCACAUGCUAUUCCGUACAUUGGAAGGCGCUUCGCAAUGAUCUCGCGCCAAUGGACUGCUUUGAUUGGGGUGAAACCAAAGUUCAUUGGUACGGCGGAGGACAAUCCGCUAACCUCACAUGGCCGUUGGACUCUGGGUCCAUCGACUUCACACCUUUUAUCACUGGGGACAUGCAGAAAAAUCAGUUUGGCAACGUCCUGACUCGUUACCUUAUUAACUCAAAAGGAGCGGCUAUCAUUAUCGAUGAAGAAACACCGCUUUACCUCGCAGUUAACAAUAGAAAAAAACAAAUUUGCGUCAAGGCUCAGUUCGAUGACUUCGCUUUUGCUAAUCAACUUACAGAGUUUCCAGAACUUAAAUAUAACAUAUGUACAUCGCUGGACAUGAAAUCAUUACAUUCGUCCAUCCACAGCCAUAGCAGAGCGCCUUUAUGGGACGGCUUGAAACCAGCUGAUAUGCAGACAUUGGAAUCCCUUAUUUCUGAACCCGUCUGGCAAAUUGCACCUCGGUUCAAACAUGAACUACAAGCUGAAACGAUCUCAAAAUAUACGGAAGAUGUAAUAGAUCUUGGUUUUCUGAAACAAGGCCACGUGCUAAUCAACGAGUUUUGGCAAAAUGAAAUUGGCGACUUUACCGUUGACACGAGCCGAUUUAACACUUUGAAUACAACAGUGGAUAAAUUACAUCGACGGGGCUUUAAGGUCGCAUUUACAAUACAACCAUUUAUUAGUACUGAAAGUGGAAACUUUGCUGAAACUGUGCAGAAAAGGCUGCUUAUAACGGAGAGAAAUGGCGAUAGAAAAAUACCUGCCUUGACUCGUUUUAAGUCGGUAGACAGCGCUGGGGUCUUAGAUGCAACAGACCAGAGAGCCCAUGCAUGGAUAUAUGACAAACUUCAGAUUGUUAUGGAUGAAUAUCAUAUAGAUUCCUUCUUUUUCGACUUGGGGACUGCAUAUGAUAUGCCUCAUUACUACAGGUGUGAGAAAAGGUUAAUUAAUCCGGACCAAUAUAAAACAGCGUUUGUAAAAGCGUUUGAAAAGAGUCUUAACAUAAUUGGCGUGUCAUCUGCGGUUAGUCUGCCAAGACCUCCCAUAUUUGUCUCUUUGCCACCGUUUGAAUCUAGUUGGGAGGCUCUAAGGUCUGUUAUACCGACGAUGUUAACCUAUGGCGUGAACGGGUAUCCCUUUAUCAUGCCAGGAGCAGUGGGAGGAGACAUCUACUGGCCGGGAAGCGAGCAAUUUCUACCUUCAGCUAAGGGGUCUUUGGACUCAAAUGCAACAAAUGCUACCCAAGAAAACGGUAUCGAUUUGCCAGAAAAGGAAUUAUAUAUAAGAUGGCUGCAGAUGGCGACAUUCCUGCCUGUGAUGAAGUUCACUCAUCUGCCCAGUAAAUACAACGAUGAGCGAGUGUUAGAGAUGGCCAAGAAUUUGACUAUUUUAAGACAGAAACUUAUAACACCCCUAUUACUAAAGUACAAGCGAGAGGCUCUAGAAGAAGGACUCCCUCUAGUUCGGCCUCUAUGGCUUGGGGCGGGCGGAGAGGCAUCUCUACUGGUCAGGGACGAGUUUACUAUUGGAGAUGAGAUUGUCGUAGCUCCCGUGCUAUACCCUAAUCAAACUACUAGAGAAGUGUACCUCCCAGCGGGGCUAUGGCAAGAUGGCAUCGACGGUUCCUUGCGAAAGGGAAACAGAUGGAUGCACGAGUAUAGGGUACCCAUACAUAGAGUGGCUUACUUUAUAAGGAAACCUGACGAUAUGAGAUUUUAAGAGAGCACAUAGAAAAGGGCAGACUGUGCUGUGAAAGAGUGACCUUACCAAUGUUAAGAACUUUCAAAGACAAAGAACUGUCUGAGCGACCUUUUAAUACAGUUUUUUUAAGUAUAUCGAAAGCGAUCUCUUGGUAUAGUUUAGUUGAUUUGAGUAACAAAUUUCUUGCCAGUAACGACUGUAGUUUUGAACCUUAUUAAACCAUGAAAAUAGAAUGAUAUCCUUUACUGAUGUAUUGGGUCAUCCUAAUAGCUAGUAUUGCAUGAUCGUUUGCGAUCAAAUACUAGUUUAAAUGCAUAUUCAGAAACUCAGUUUUUAAUAAGAACAGCUGAUGAAUCCGAAUAAGUUCAUAAAUAACACAUUUUGAAGCAACUAGCGACAUUUAUUUGUCGAACUUUUGUUCGAAUUCAAAAAUCAUUUAAUCAUAUAGGUAACACAUUGUACACUUAUGAUCGUCAAAAAAAAUGUUUACGAAAUGCUUCUAACUUUACAUUUGUUAUUGAGGUAAAUUUCUUACAAUGAUAAUCGAUAAAACGGUUAACCUAUAUUGUAAACAGUUUUUCUAGUACCAAUGAACAAGUUAGAUUUAGAAGAGUGUAAGAUUCUAUAAAAAUGUUGUUUUUAAAAAAUUGAAUCACUAUUUAUAAAGAUUAGUAAAAAUCGUGUUCAUUUAAUACGUAAUAACCUUUAUAUUUUAAGUAUAUUAAGGUAUCUAUUAUGCACAAUACAGUACAUAAGCAGGUAAAUAGGUUUGUUCAGUACUAUUUUAUAUAGCAUUUAAAGCUUAAUAUAAUGGCGUUGUUUUAGUUUUAACUUAAGCUAAAUAAGAUUUUGACAUAAUUUUUUGUGCAUUCUUAUAUUCGUAAUAUCAUUUUUAACUGAACUAUCCCUUUCUGCCUAAUUAUGUUUAUACUUUGAUGGAAAGAGAUGGAAUAUGUAUUUAUUUUCUUGUUACCUGUCGUUAAAAAGUACAAUGCUUGUAUAUUUGAAUUGUGUUUCUUCGCUUUUAUUUGUCUACCCUAAGUAUUAUUGUGUGCUAACAACAGAAACGUUGUUAUGUCAAAUAAUUUAAAUCUAGUCUACAGCGUUAUUGGAAUGUCAUUUAGAAAUGAAACGGCUGUGCUUAUAAUAGUUAUGAACACCUAAAAUAUUAAGUACAUAACAACUAUUAAAUUGAUUUCAAAUAUAUACUUAUACAUAAUAUAUAUGUAUGUAUAAUAUAAUUCUGUGGCAAUAGGUCAGAAUAUGAUAUAUGCAAUUUCAUUACUUUACAGGACAAGCAAUUAAAUUAUUAAAAAAUCUUGAAGGCUCUAUUAAAAUAUGAAACACUCGAUAUAUGAAUGAUUGUACUUGUCUGAUCUAUGAACACAGAAUUAUAUACAGUUAUAAGUUCUAGUUAUUGAGGUAGAUAAUAUUUUUAACCAAAAUAAGUUUUAUUUAAACCAUAACAAGUUAUUACAAAGUCUCAACAUACCCUUUUUUAAUGCAAAUUAAAUUUUUAAUCAAUAACAUACUCAAAUACCUCCUCUGUAAUCCUUCAACUUGAUGUUGAAUAUGUCCAUCUCGUUGACUCUUGUCAAAUCAAUUUUGGAGUUAUAUCAAUAAAAUUGUGUAAAUUUUUAUUUUCACUGUAUUUAUUAGUAUUAAAAAUUUAUAGUAAGUAUUAAAAACAAUCUAAGAUUGAGUGUAAUUAAUCCUUAAAACAUAAUAACUCCAUAAAGUUAAAUAAAAAAUAGUUUGACGUUAUUAAGACGAAAAUUAUAGGUAAAAUAAUAUAUGGAAUAAAAUUAUUCAAAAUGUUUAUUGAUAUAUUUUAUUGUAGUUGUUGUGUGGUUGUAUUUUUUAUUAAGAUGAGCUUGAUGAUAAUUUUUGUCUAGUAUUUAUAUUUAAUUAUACCCCGUGCCAAUUUUUUUGUAUUUUAAAUAUAUGACUUGCUUUGUUA